GGAGGCAUCAGAUGCCCUCCUCCUGGGCACAGGUGCUGAGUUUAGGAGGAGGGGCGGUCAGAGUGCGGUGGCAGAACUAAGAGCUGGCCCCUACUCCACGGUGCCAGAAGCAAGAGACUGGACCCCCUCCUACAUGCGGAGCAGACACACAUGAUGGCUGAUCCUCGGGCCCCUGUAGACCAUGGCGUCCAAAUUCGCUUUAUCACAGAGCCAGAGGGCGCUACUGAGAUGGGCACCCUUCGUCGCGGGAGACGCCCUGCUAAGGAUGCAAGAGCCAGUACCUAUGGGGUCGCUGUGCGUGUGCAGGGCAUUGCCGGACAGCCUUUUGUGGUGCUUAACAGUGGAGAGAAAGGGAGUGACUCCUUUGGGGUCCAAAUCAAGGGGGGCAACAACCGGGGGUCCCCAGGAGCACUAAGCUCUGAUUCAGAGGUCCCUGAGAACCCCUACUCUCAAGUCAAGGGGGUUUCUGCCCCUUCUCAGGGCAGCACAUCCGAUGAGGAGCCCAGGGACCACUGGGACGGAAGACUGCUGCGCUCCCAGUCGCAAGCCUCUCUGGCAGGACUUGCUUCUGUGGGUUCUAGCAAUAGGAGCACCAGCUUGUUGGAGCUGGCCCCUCAAAAGACUCUCCCGGUUAACACCAUUGACACUGCCCCCUUGUCUUCAGUGGACUCACUCAUCAACAAGUUUGAUAGUCAAAUCGGGGGCCAGGUCCGGGGCCGGACUGGCCGCCGCACGCGGACGCUUCCUCAUGAACAGCGCAAGCGGAGCCAGAGUCUGGACAGCCGGAGCCAGAGUCUGGACAGCCGACUCUCACUGGAUACGCGCGAGGAUCGGGAAUGUCAGUCCCCUAACCACUGGACCCCUGGUACAAAGUAUGACAACCACGUGGACAGUUCAAAGCAGCCAUCCAAGAGCCAGAGCCCCCUCAGCAGCUUUAGCCGUUCCCGUCAGACUCAAGACUGGGUCCUACAGAGUUUUGAGGAACCACGGGAGAAAGCCCAGGAUCCCACCAUGGUGCAGUUCAAAUCAACUCCAGACCUUCUGCGCGACCAGCGGGAGGCAGCACCACCAGGCAGUGUGGACCAUGUGAAGGCCACCAUCUAUGGCAUCCUAAGGGAGGGAAGCUCGGAAAGCGAAGCGGCUGUGAGGAAGAAAGUUAGUUUGGUGUUGGAGCAGAUGCAGCCUGUGGGGAUGGUUUCUCCUGCCUCUACUAAGGCCCUGGCAGCACAGGGUGAGCUUGCCCAAAAAGUAAAGGAGCUCCAGAAAAAACUGGAUGAAGAGGUGAAGAAGCGGCAGAAGCUAGAGCCAUCCAGGAUCGGGCUAGAGAGGCAGCUGGAGGAGAAGGCAGAAGAGUGCAGCCGACUGCAGGAGCUGCUGGAGAGGAGAAAGGGGGAGGUCCAGCAGAGCACCAAGGAGCUCCAGAACAUGAAGCUUCUCCUGGGCCAGGAAGAAGGGUUACGGCAUGGGCUGGAGACCCAGGUGAAGGAGCUACAGAUGAAGCUGAAACAGGGUCAGAGUCCCGAGCCUGCAAAGGAGAUUCUCCUGAAGGAUUUGUUAGAAACCCGGGAACUUCUGGAAGAGGUCUUAGAGGGAAAACAACGAGUAGAGGAGCAGCUGAGGCUGAGGGAACGGGAGCUGACAGCCCUGAAGGGGGCCCUGAAAGAGGAGGUGGCUUCGCACGACCAGGAAGUGGAACAUGUCCGGCUGCAAUACCAGAGAGACACGGAGCAGCUUCGCCGGAGCAUGCAAGAUGCGACUGAGGACCAUGCUGCCAUGGAAGCUGAGAGGCAGAAGAUGUCUUCCCUGGUGCGGGAGCUGCAAAAGGAGCUGGAGGAGACCUCAGAGGAGACAGGGCACUGGCAGAACAUGUUCCAGAAAAACAAAGAGGAGCUGAGAGCCACCAAGCAGGAACUUCUGCAGCUGCGGAUGGAAAAGGAGGAGAUGGAAGAGGAGCUUGGGGAGAAGAUGGAGAUUUUACAGAGGGACUUAGAGCAGACUCGAGCCAGUGCAAGAGACAUUCACCAGGUCGAGGAGCUCAAAAAGGAGCUAAGACGCACCCAGGGGGAGCUUAAAGAGCUUCAGGCAGAGCAGCAGAGCCAGGAGGUGACUGGGCGACAGCGGGACCAGGAGUUAGAGAAGCAGCUGGCCGUGCUGAGGGCUGAGGCUGAUCGAGGCCGAGACCUGGAACAGCAGAACCUCCAGCUGCAAAAGACCCUGCAGCAACUGCGGCAGGACUGUGAAGAGGCUUCCAAGGCUAAGCUGGCAUCAGAGGCAGAGGCCAAGGUGCUGGGGCAGCGUCGGGCAACAGUGGAAACCACACUUCGGGAGACUCAGGAGGAAAACGAUGAGUUCCGAAGGCGCAUCCUGGGUCUGGAGCAGCAGUUGAAGGAGGCCCGAGGCCUGGCGGAGGGUGGGGAAGCGGCGGAGGCACGACUUCGGGACAAAGUGCAUCGCUUGGAGAUAGAGAAACAGCAACUAGAGGAGGCUCUGAAUGCCGCCCAGGAGGAGGAGGGGAGCCUGGCAGCAGCCAAGCGAGCUCUGGAGAUCCGGCUGGAUGAGGCCCAGCGGGGGCUGGCACGCCUUGGGCAGGAACAAGAAGCAUUGAACCGGGCCCUAGAGGAAGAGGGGAGGCAGCGGGAGGCUCUACGAAGGAGCAAGGCAGAGCUGGAGGAGCAGAAGCGCUUACUGAACAAGACCGUGGACCGACUCAACAAAGAGCUGGAGCAGAUUGCGGAUGACUCCAAGCUAGCCCUGCAGCAGCUCCAAACCCAGAUGGAAGAUUACAAGGAAAAGGCCCGGAGGGAAGUAGCUGAUGCCCAGCGCCAGGCCAAGGACUGGGCCAGUGAGGCUGAAAAGAAUUCAGGGGGGCUGAGCCGGCUUCAGGAUGAGCUGCAAAGGUUGCGGCAGGCCCUGCAGACAUCCCAGGCUGAGCGGGACACAGCCCGGCUGGACAAAGAGCUGCUGGCCCAGCGACUGCAGGGGCUAGAGCAGGAGGCUGAGAACAAGAAGCGCACCCAGGACGACAAGUUGAGACAACUCAAGAGCCUCGAGGAGAAAGUCUCCCGGCUGGAAGCAGAGUUAGAUGAGGAAAAGAACACUGUGGAACUGCUGACAGAGCGCAUGAACCGUGGCCGGGACCAGGUGGAUCAGCUGAGGACAGAACUUAUGCAGGAGAGAUCUGCUCGGCAGGACUUGGAGUGUGACAAAAUCUCCUUGGAGAGACAGAACAAGGACUUGAAGGCCCGGCUGGCCAGCUCAGAAGGCUCCCAGAAACCCAGUGCCAGCUUCUCUGAGCUUGAGGCCCAGAACCAACAGUUACAAGAGCGGCUGCAAGCCGGAGAGAGAGAGAAGACAGUUCUGCAGUCCACCAACCGGAAACUAGAACGGAAAGUUAAAGAGCUGUCUAUCCAGAUAGAUGAUGAGCGGCAGCACGUCAACGACCAGAAGGACCAGCUGAGCCUGAGGGUGAAGACUUUGAAGCGGCAGGUGGAUGAAGCUGAAGAGGAGAUUGAGCGGCUGGACAGCCUGAGGAAGAAGGCACAGAGGGAGCUGGAGGAACAGCACGAGCUCAAUGAGCAGCUCCAGGCCCGCAUCAAAUCCUUGGAAAAGGAUGCCUGGCGAAAAGCUUCCCGCUCAGCUGCCGAGGCGGCGCUCAAACAAGAGGGUCUGAGCUCUGAUGAGGAAUUUGAUGGCGUCUACGACUCCUCAUCCAUUGCAUCUCUGCUCACGGAGAGCAACCUGCAGACCAGUUCCUGUUAGUGCAUGCUCUGCUAAGGACCACAGACGGGCUGGAAGACUGCUUUGCUCUGUCCUGCCUGCCUCCAGAGUGUUCUUUUCCAAUGGGUGACCCGAUUCAGACUUUGGACAGGGAGGGGUCAGAGUGAUGGUGACCUGUUAGCAAUGAGCUGGUGGGUGGGCUUGUCCUUGUCACUGGAAGAGUGGAUAGGCCUGCUGAGCCCUUCCUAUAGGUGCUGACCUCUCCCUCAUCUCCCUUAGAGUGGGACUGAUGGUCAGCAUAUACACUGCUUGGGGCUGCAAAGGACAGGAAAGGAUGGAUAUUGCCAUGUAUGUAAAGCUUUAUUUCUUUAAUAUUUAACCAUAUGGCUCAGGGAAAUGGGCAAUGUUCUGCUCCCUGGAUCUCUGCAACCUUUUUUCCUCCCAUUUUGAAGCAGGGGAGGGAACAUGAUGGGUAAUGGGCAUGCGGGCGUGGCUCUGCCCACUUUUCAGAUACUGUUUUUUUUUUUUGCACAGUCAUGGGCCCAUGAGUAGUCCCUAGCAUCUCUUCAGUUGCAAUAUUUGUGUUUUCUCCAUGUCACCGGGUCCAGGAGACCUCUGGUCCUCUUUCCAUGGUUACCAUCCCUGCGCUCUCAGUGCCUUAGCAGUGUGAGAUGAGGCUGCUGUUCUUGCCUUCAUAAACCCGCACAUUCAUACCUCUCCAAAGAUCAGCCUCUCCUCAUGGGGCCCGCAGCCUGUCCUUCCUUAGUGACUAGGCAGGAGAGCGUCAGGCUGCUUUGCCAACCAGCCCCUGGGAGACGGACUUUGAUGGGCCUUGGUAAGGUGGUGGGGAUUACUUCCUCUCAGGGCUUCCAUCUUUCUUCUCGCCUUCCGUGACUGUAUGCUGUCAUAAAGUGGUUGCACGUGGGAACCAUGAGUCUGAAAGCAAGCAUCUAGUCCCUGUGGCCUCCUGUGGCUUCUCUGACCAGGUGUGCCCAGCCUCGAUGGGAACCAACAGAUCCCUGUUUUUCUCAGGAAGUGGACCCUGGGUCAGAGCUUUGCCUGGGAUUAGAAGCUGACUGUCAGUAUGAUGGGAAGGGGCAAUGGAGAAUUUAUUCUUCCUUUGAGUCAAAUUUGGGGUGUGCCAAGCUCUGGGGGGGUGAAGGUGACUGGGAUGGUUCACCUCUUAUUUCCAAAGUAAGUUCUGUUCUCAUCAAUCACUUGUAAUUUCAUGAAUUGAAAAAACAAAAUAUUCUGUAAAUCAGAUAUUUUCUCCUAAUCCAAUCCAGCCUUGUUUAUUUUAAAUUAAAUAUUAAAAUGGCAUAUCUA